AUGAACCUCAAGAAGAUUGUGGCUGAACUGCAGGAGAUCGAUGACACGAAGCUACAACUCAGGGCACAUGGUGAGUUUGAUUCACUUCCUGCAGUGGAGUUGAUUCAGAGACGAAUCACUUUCAGACUGCAGGUGAAACCGCACCAGAGUUUGAUAGGAUCCGGAUCGACCGGUGCUGCAUUCUCACCUGCUUACAGACCCAGAGUGGACAGUAGAACACACCAGGGUUCUGCUCUUCUUCUCUGCUGUGGAUUUCUGGUGUUGAGUCUCACGCACGCCAAUAACAAGCAAACGACGAUCUGUGACACCGGUCUGAUCAUCCCAAAACACUUCCACACGUCAGAGUCAGAGACGAUGGAAGGAAAUGGCAACAUCAACAACCGCUCGCUGUCUGCCUGGAAGUGGAUUCCUCACACCGGCACCCGCAGGAUCCCCGGUGUGAUAUUCGAGGCGGAUUGUGAGUCUCAUCACUGCACGUAUCCCGGCAGGCAGCAGCACAUGGAGCUGAACUCUGUGCCCAUAUACAGCAACAUGCUGGUGCUCACACAGGACCUGAAGAACAAGAAGUGCUUCACUGUGAAGUUCCAGAGGGUCACCGUGGGCUGCACGUGUGUGUGGGAACGAUCAUCGCAGUGA